AAACGACUCGUCCUCUGUUUCGACGGCACCGCCAACAAGUUCACCGGCGACGAGACAGACACCAACAUCGUACAAAUUUACACAAUGCUCGACAGACAAUCACCCAGCCAAUACCACUACUAUCAACCUGAAAUCGGAAGCUACGUCUCAGGCCACAUCUCAAACACAAAACGCAACCCCUUCACGCAAGCCACCAAUUGGUGCAUAGAACGUUACGACGAAGCCUUCGGCUACUCAUUCGUUCACCACGUCCUCGCAGGCUACAAAUUCCUCAUGCGCUUUUACACACCUGGCGACAAGAUCUACAUCUUCGGGUUCUCGCGCGGUGCUUACACGGCUCGGUUUCUCGCGGAGAUGAUACAUAAAAUUGGACUCUUGUCGGAAGGUAAUGAGGAGAUGAUCCGGUUUGCGUGGGACAUGUUUAGCGAUUUCCAGACGAAGAGGGGAGAUCGGGUGGAGAGCGAUUUGAUAAGCUUCAAGAUUGCGUUUUGUCGUAAAGCUGUAAAGGUUGAGUUUUUGGGAUUGUUUGAUUGUGUGAAUAGUGUGGCGAGGUUGCAGGAUGGGUCGUCGUCGGAUGCUGGGCAGGUCGCGAGGCAUGUUAGACAUGCCGUAUCGCUUGGGGAGCGCCGUAUUGCAUUUAAGCCUGCGUUGUUCGGGUGGGAUAAGAGGGUAGAGUCGGAUGAUGGGACGGAGACGAUGGAAGAGAUGUAUUUUGCGGGUAAUCAUGGAGAUGUUGGGGGUGGAUGGGGAUAUGCGAAAGAGAAGGCGGUGGAAAAGGUUUCGUUAUUUCAGAUUUCUCUUCAAUGGAUGGUGGAUGAGGUCGUUCAACUG